GUGAAAACCCUAAUUGAUUUGCAACAAUUUCGAUUUCCUUUGACGAACAAAUGGCAAAGUAUGAUGAAGCAAUCGCCAUUAACGAUGCGGUUCACAAACUCCAGCUCGCUAUGCUCGACGGUAUCACUGAUCAGAAUCAGCUCUUCGCGGCGAGGAAGUUAAUAUCUCGAUUAGACUACGAAGAUGUCGUCACUGAACGAACGAUCGCUAAGCUCUGUGGUUAUCCUCUUUGCCGGAGAUUUCUCCCUUCCGAUGUUUCUAGAAGAGGAAAGUAUCGGAUUUCAUUGAAGGAGCAUAAGGUUUACGAUUUGCAGGAGACGAGAAAGUUUUGCUCUGCGGGUUGUUUAAUUGAUAGCAAAGCGUUUUCGGGGUCUUUGCAAGAGGCUCGUACAUCGGAGUUUGAUUCCGUGAAGUUGAAUGAGAUUUUGGGAUUGUUUGGUGAUUCGGAAGUGAAAGGUUCUUUGGAUGUGAAUAAGGAUUUAGAUUUGUCUAAGCUUAUGAUUCGGGAGAAUUUUGAAUUGAGAGGUGAAGAAUUGUCUUUAGAGCAGUGGAUGGGUCCUUCUAAUGCUGUUGAAGGUUAUGUUCCUUUUGAUCGAAGUGAUUGCAAAGCAAGAAAUGGCAAAGCCGGUGAUUCCAAGGCUACUCAAAGUAAUCAAGAGAAGCAUGAGAUGGAUUUCACUAGCACAGUAAUUAUCCCUGAUGAAUAUAGUGUUUCGAAGCUUCCACCGCAAACCAAGCAAGCUUCUCCUGUUGGGGAAUCUGAUGGUGGCAAAGGGAAAACAGUUCUGAAAGAGCAAACUGUAGUUCCUCCCACCAAAAAAGUUUCGAGGUUUCGUCGUGAUAAAGAAAAGGAGAAGAAGACUUCCGGGGUUGAUGGGAUUGAUUUUGCGAGCUUUGGGUUUGAUGCGAUGGAUUGUGCGAGUUCUGUUACAAAUGAUGGAUGCAGUGUUGAAUAUAGCGUUUCAAAGCAACCACCAUGUUUAACGGAAGACCCUAUGGGUGGUCAAUUAAAAAAGGAUCAUAAGACUUUGGAUGAGAAAAGUUCUCUAACAGGAUCCUCUUCUGCAGCUAAGAAUAAAAGUUUGAGGCUUCCAACACAAGCCAAACAAGCUUAUCAUGCAGGGGAAUCAGAGGAUGGCAAAGCGAAACCAGUUAUGACAGACUUUGGACAAACUACAGUUCUCCCCAGAAAAAAAUUGAGUUUUUGUAAUGAUCCUGAAAUAUUUAAGGACAUUAAGAAUUUCGGGUUUGAUGAGAUGGGUCUUGAGAGUUCUGCUAUUAUGAGUGAUGGAUACGGCGUAGAAUAUAGUGUGUCUAAGCAACCACAAUGUUCAAUGGAAGAUUCUCUUAGUUGCAAUCUAAAAGGAGGUCCUCAGACUUUGGACGGGAAAAAUACUCUAUCAGGAUCCUCUUCUGGUUCUAAUACGAGGGGCUCGAGGACAAAACCAGAAAAAUCAGGAAAGAAAAUUAUUUCUGUUGAAUACCAUGCUAAUUCGUAUGAAGAUGGUGAAGAAAUCCUUGCAGCUGAAUCGUAUGAAAGACACAAAGCUCAGGAUGUGUGUUCAUCAAGUGAAACCGUCACUAAAUCAUGCCUUAAAAUUUCUGGCUCUAAGAAGCUUAGUCGUUCAGUUACUUGGGCCGAUAAGAAUGAUGUUCGUGGUGAUCUUUGUGAGUUUAGAAACAAUGAUACCACAGCAGCUCCUAGCCUGUCGUCUACUGAUACAGAGGAUGUCAAUUGUUUAUCACGCCUUGCAUUAGCAGAAGCCUGUGCUACGGCAUUGAGCCAGGCUGCCGAAGCUGUUUCUUCGGGAGAUUCAGAUGCAAGUGAUGCCACUGCGAAAGCUGGAAUCGUUUUGUUGCCAAGCACACAUCAACUUGACGAAGAGGUUACUGAGGAACAUAGCGAGGAGGAAAUGACUGAAGAGGAACCAACUCUUCUCAAGUGGCCAAAUAAGCCCGGGAUUCCAGAUUCUGAUUUGUUUGACCGUGAUCAAUCGUGGUUUGAUGGACCUCCAGAGGGCUUCAAUCUCACAUUAUCAAAUUUUGCUGUGAUGUGGGAUUCACUGUUUGGCUGGGUAUCAUCGUCCUCUCUGGCAUACAUAUAUGGGAAGGAAGAAUCUGCUCAUGAGGAGUUCAUAUCAGUUAACGGGAAGGAGUACCCCCGGAGGAUUAUCCUGGGAGACGGGCUUUCCUCAGAAAUCAAGGAGACAAUGGCUGGGUGCCUUGCCAGAGCUUUACCUAGAGUCACCAGUUAUCUCAGGCUGCCAAUAGCAAUAUCCGAGUUGGAAAAGGGACUGGGAAGCUUGUUGGAGACAAUGUCGUUGACUGGGGCAGUUCCAUCAUUUAAGAUUAAAGAAUGGCUAGUGAUUGUUCUUCUUUUCUUGGACGCGUUGUCUGUAUCACGUAUCCCUCGUAUAGCACCUUAUAUGUCCAACAGAGACAAGAUUUUGGAAGGAAGUGGAAUCGGAAAUGAAGAGUAUGAGACAAUGAAGGAUAUCCUAUUACCACUUGGCCGUGUUCCUCAGUUUGCUACCCGAAGCGGGGCGUAGACAAAACCCGGUUUACGGUUUAUUGGAAGAAGAAAUCAACUCUAGAUAUAUGAAAAUAGAGGAUUCUAUAAUUUUGAAACCUUUGUUUUUGAAUGUAUGAAAGAUCUGGAAGUCAUGUUUGGCUUGCUUUUUUUUUUUACUUAUAACAAAGAUUUGUUGCAUUC